AUGGAUCUCCAACUGGCAAAUGCUGCCCUAGCCCUGGACCAAGAUAUACUGCAAAACAGGCUGCUGCUCCAGACGGAAGAGGACAGAAGACGAAGAACAGGAGAGAGGACCCCACGCACCAUGUUUUGCAGGGACUGGUUCCUGCGACGUGAAGAGUUCAGCCAGUACCACCAACUAAUGGAGGAGCUGAGGAGGGAGGAUGUGGACCUGGUGGACAGGCUGAGCCCAAGAAUCAAGAAGAAGGACACCUGGUUCCAGAAGGCACUACCGCCUGGUCUAAAAGUUACAGUCACUCUGCGGCACCUCGCCACUGGGGACAGUUACCACUCGCUGAUGUACUCUUUCACAGUAGCCCACAAUACCAUCUCUUACAUGGUCAAAGAAGUUUGCGAGGCCAUCGUAGCAGAGUACUCGAAAGAGGUCCUCAACAUCCCCACAGACCCAGACGCGUGGCGAAGUGCAUCAGAAUUAUUCAACACCAGGUGGCAGUUUCCACAUGCUGUCGGCGCACUGGAUGGGAAGCACGUGGCUAUAAAAAAAAAAAAGAAGGGCGAAUCCAUGUACUUCAACUACAAGAGGUACCACUCCAUCGUCCUUAUGGCUCUGGUCGACGCUGACUACAAGUUCAUGUGGGUCAACGUCGGCUCCCCCGGCUCCUGUUCAGAUGCGCAGAUCUGGAAUGACUGUGACCUAAGAGAACACAUCUUUACCGACCGCAUCGGCUGGCCACAGCCAGAUCCUCUACCUCAUGAUGACACGGACACACCAUACUACAUCAUUGGUGAUGAAGCAUUCGCUCUCAGAACAUGGUUGAUGAAACCUUUUUCAAGGCGGCACAUGGACCAUGAAGAGAGAAUCUUCAAUUAUCGACUAUCUCGAGCCAGGAGAGUGGUGGAGAAUGCAUUUGGUAUACUGGCCAACUGCUUCAGCUGUCUACUCACCACGCUGAGACACAAUCCCAGUACUGUCGAGUCCAUCGUCCUAGCCUGCGUUUGCCUGCACAACGUCAUGAGGAUCCUCUACCCACAAGAGCAGAAUGGUCUGAUUGACAACAACAGCCAGGGCGGCUAA